GCCUUUCAGCCCACUUCGCACCUUGCCCACCUUGUACAUAUCUUCGUUGCAGGUUGCCUCUUCCUCCUUUCCGGAACUACCGUAGCAAUCCUACUUCUCACUACGUACAUGCGUACAACAUACCAAUCAGAAGCAUUUUGGAAACCCUUGGUUUUGGGCAUGUGCUCCCUGAACAGUUCUAAGAUAUCUGGCAACUCCCCUGCUCCCCUGCGCUGGGUAGCUGCUCUUUCCUGCAAGGACGAAACGUCAUUGGUUCUAAGGCAGCACCUGCAUUUCUAGUAUCACGCAUGUGUUUCUCAUAUAUUCAACCAUUAUACAAAAUUUCAAUUUGACGAGCAUUAUUCAUAAGUGAUCGGAAAACCACCUACUCGGGUACUUAUCAACCACAUACUUACAUAGGCAUCACUGGACAAAGGAGGAAGCAGAGGAAGAGGAGGUCCGAGGAAUCCUCUUUAUCUCUAUCCUUUAUCAUUUAUUUCUUCACAAGGAAAUAUUCACAGCCUACGAGAAGCUAUCUUGAGCUUGCAACCGCCAUAGAAUUACCAACUUUCCUUGGAGUCACUAGUAUGGAGACGCCUAAGAUACCUGGUCCAAAGGACCAAGGGGAGAGGGAAGUUCUCGAGAAAUUGAUAGCUAUCCGCGACCAAUUGCAGCUACGUAAACUCGAUCGAACUACCUAUGUUCGAACUCAAGAUGUCAUGAUCCUAUACGACCAGGUUGUCGAACAGGUUAGGAUCCUGAGCGAGCUCAGAGAUGGGAAGUCUGUUGAGGAGAAUCGAGUGGACAGAGUCGUAGACAGUUGUUUCCAGCUCCUGUCGCUAUUCUUCAUGACAAUCGGCCGAAACAACGAAGCUCCCGCCGCAUAUGCACUGACGUCGACCAUCAGACGACUCCUGGAUCAUCUGGCUGAAGCUGACUUGUUCUGCGCCCAAGACCUCGAGACCUUGUCCCAAACUCUCGAGCAUCUAUCAAAAAUCGUACAUAAUUCUGCUAGUACCAAGCCUUCCCCGUUCCUCGAAAACCUGAUUGCCCAACGGAUAGAGCGGUGCCGAGCAUCCUUAUCGGUUCUGCAGAAGAAAACCGACGAAAUCGCCGAGCCGCUGCGGCCAACGGCGGACAAACUUGUCUCCAUUCUGAGACAGAUGGCCGUGAUCAAUACUAAGACUAAGUUCACGCCUUCAGAAAUACAUAAACGCGAGGCAGAAUUAAAAGAGAUUGGAGAGAAGCGGAAGGAUGGGCAAUUCGUCGACGAUGAUGGCAACGUUCUAAGGGGGAGCGACAAUAUUUCGGCGCUUCUGGACAGAUGCUUAUCGUAUACGAAGAUAGUACUCGAAAGAAACGGUCAAUUUCCAGAGAAGUGGAAGUCCACCUAUGAUGUGCUUGUCGGUAUUAGAAAUGAACUUGAUAGGCUCUCGUUGACCCAAGCAUGGUCUUUGCGAGAAACUGAUUUAUACGAUUACCAACGGCAACUUGACAAGAUUGACGAGAGCAGGGUCGACGGUAACUGGGUGGAUGACCAAGGACAGCCAGCUGAACUUUACGUUCAACGGACUCUUCUUUACCUCAUUAGAAGAAGCUACGGUUACAUAUAUCAUCUUAUGAUAUCGUCGGAACCCGUCUCUGAGGCUCUUCUGCCGAUAUAUAAUCAACUCCAAACGCUUAAACGCUGUCUCGUUGAGGUGAAAAACAGUGGAGGAGUAACGUCAGCGAGGGAGCUUUACCCUUACAGCAUGAAAUUACAUUCGAUUGAUAACAUGAGAGUCGACGGCAAAUUCAUGGUCGGAGAGGAUAUCCCUGAAGGGCAAGGUAGCGUGGCUGAAUUACUAGCCGAAUGCUUUGAUCUAAACUACGAACUCCGGGUAGCUGCGGAGUCAUCGACGGGAUCGCCGACGCCGGAGCCGCAUACGAAGUCGGAGUCAUCGACAUAAGCAUAAGUUUAUUGAGUUUAGGGGGUUUAUGAAUUUAUUACGAGGAUGACUUGUUUUGUCUGGACCGGUUUGCGAGCGAAAUUGGGCUUGUAUGGUUAGUCCAGUCUUCAAGGGGAGUACUGAUGCUGUACACUCUACUGCGGACGGGGGGGAUCCAAAAAGCGGUAGGGGA